UCUGCGAAUGGUUUUCGUAAUAUGCGUAUAUAAGAUGAAAUGAAAAUCAAAACUGUAUCAGUUGCUUCAGUCUACAGAACUACAACUACAACUACUAUCAAUAUGGUUUCUAAAAUUAUCGCUUUCGUCGCCAUUUUGGCCUACGCUCAUGCUGGAGUACUAACUGGUAGCCCCGUUAUCUCGGCAUACUCCUCACCACUCGUAUCACAAGCCGUUGUGCCUUCACCCAUUGUAUCAUCACCACUCAUUACUAGAUCUCUACCCAUUGGACUAGCAGCUCCAGCUCCUCUACUCACUAGAAGUGUAGGACCAGUUGUCUCUUCACCACUACUUGCACCUUCAGUUGGACCUGUUCUUUCUACCUACUCUGCUGGUCCAUGGGGAGGCAUUGCUCCAUUAUCAUCUCCCUUAGUUGCACCAUUGUCUGCUCCCGUAGCUGCACCUUGGGCGGCUCCAUGGUAAACGACUUGAGCUAAAGUUACCAAUGUACUUUUAUUAUUUAUUUUAAAAUAUAUAUAUUUCUGCAUACAAUUUAUAUUUGAAUUAUUAAAAUAAAACUAAAAAAAUAAAACUUA